ACAUUCGUAGAGCGCUCCGCUCACUUCUAUUAAAUUUUCACUCGCAGCGCGUUUUGGAAAUCCCAAGUAAAAAUAAACUCGGAGUCGUGUAGGGAGUUCUUUUUAUGGGAAGUAGUCCUUGACUUUCCUGCAAAUCACAUUCGUACAGAGCUCUCCCUCGUCAUUAUAUUUCCAUACGUUUCUCGUGACGAACAUCUCAGUGGAAAAAAUCGUCGAAAAGUACAAAUUUAAAAAAUUUCAAAACAUUUUCUAAAAACCUUGUGUCGCUUGGCGUUUUGGACUAAAAACGACAUGUCCAACAUGCAGGAUGUACCGCUGCCGGAGCCAGAGGGCUUGGGCAAGUCGGGUGUCGCGUCGACGGUCAGCACCAAGUCCACUUCGCUGAAGCGCUUCUUCAAGCUGAGCAAGAAGCCGCACAACUUCCAGGACGAGCUCCAAGAUGUGGCCGAAUCAGCCGGCCGCCAGAAGGAUCCCACCAAGAACAACACAAUGGGUCGUUUCUUCACGCGCUUCAAGAACGCACAAAAGGAUGGUGAUGAACCAGUGUCUUCGACUAGCAAUGUGACCACUGAUGCUGGCGAGGAGGAGCAGCAGCAGCAGGACCAGGGCCAGGUCAGCAACAAGCCGCUGCCCAAUGUGAAGCCCACAAUCAAGGAGUCCAUAUCGAGCUACUGGAAGAUGCUCUUCACUCGCACCAAGGCCCAGAAGCAGGCUGGCUCUGGCAUGUCGGGCGGCAUGGAGGAUGUGCACGAGCUGCAGCAGGUGAAGCAGGAUCAGACUCAAUUGGACGGCCAAUUCGAUCAGUCUGACCGCGAAGAGGACAUUGAGGUUUUGAACACACCUCAGCCGGAGGUCGCUGUAGCUCUGACCCUGCAGGAGCUGAAUGACUAAGACACUAAGACACAAUCAUCUACUAUAAACACUAUUACAUGCGUUGUCCACCCGAGCCUCGGGAACGACUAGCCGACGGUCGGAGGCAUCCUUCGAGUGCUGAAAGACAAACGCCACAAAACAUCUAUACACUAUCCUCUUGGAAAUUACUUACACUAUCCUCAACACUUGGUGACAUCAAUGUUUAUUCCCUAAAAUACGCCACAGAAUCCCAACAAUUUUAAAUUGUUACACUAUCGAAAGGUUCGGCCGUCCGCAGAAUGUUCAAUUGUAGGCAUACCUUCAAAAUAAAUGCUCCUGCAUAUGCAAGUAAAAUGUAA